CACCACACCACCCUCACACACACACACACAUCCACCCCUCACCCAAACCCCACUCCACCAUGUCCAACACCGCACAGAACAUCGGCAACUCCGUCAAGGACCAGGCCAACUCGGCGUCCAAGUCGGCCAGCAACGCCGGCAACGACGCGUCGAAGCAGGCGCAGGACCUGGGCAACCAGGCGCAGAAGAAGGGCGGCGAGGCCGCCGACGCCGCCAAGGACGCCGCCGCCAACGCGCAGGAGACGGCAAAGAGCCUCGUCGAGCAGGCCACGCAGCUGAUCGCGGACACGGCUGCCUACGCCCAGCAGCAGGCCCAGGCCGUGCUCGGCGGCGCAAAGUCGCACGGCCAGGAUGCGUCGAACCAGGCCUCCAAGGCCGCCGACAACGCCAGCAAGGAGGCCUCCAAGGUCACGGACCAGGCCAGCAAGGACGGCCAGCAGACGGCAGAGGAGGCACAGAAGUCGCUCGCCAACCUCAUCCAGCAGGGCCGCGAGCUGGCUGCCAACGUGCUGAACCAGUCCAACGAGUACAUCAAGCCGCACUCCACCGGCCAGCAGGGCUACGUCGACCAGGCGCGCACGCUCGCCUCCAACGUCGUCGACCAGGCCAGCCACAUCAUCGGCGGCAACCAGAACGCGGCGCAGGACGCGGCCAAGAGCGCCGAGAACAAGGCGGGCGAGCUCAAGGACUCGGCUGCCAAGACGGUCGACAAGCACACCAACUAAGAUGGUUGCCUCCUCCGCAUCGUCGCCGGUCUAGCUGCGUCUCUCUCCCCUCCCCCCCUCCCUGUCUGCACACGCGCGCGCAACGCUGUGAUACCCCAUCUGAACGCAGGACUGG